AGCCUGGGGCUGGAUGGGAGGAGCUGUUUCUCCACGGCAUGAACACACCGCGGAAAGUUAAGUAGUGUGUGUAGUGUUAAUGAGGCGAAGGCAGCUAAUGCAACUAAUGGCCCAAAGGGGCGACGAGGAAAGUACAGUCGUAAUUUAGUUCACUUCUCGAACAGCCUCACUGUACUUUUACACUUAUUAUUAAGCACAAAAACCCCCGUCGCUCAGCAACGCCCAGGGGCUGAUAUAAGCACUCACUAUGUCUGAUGGGGAAUACGAUUACCUCAUCAAAUUCCUAGCCCUCGGGGACUCUGGAGUAGGCAAGACGAGCUUUCUCUACCAGUACACAGACGGCAAGUUUAACUCCAAGUUCAUCACUACAGUGGGAAUAGACUUCAGAGAAAAGCGAGUGCUUUACAAGUCAAAUGAAGGAGCGUCUGGCAGAGGACAGAAGAUCCACAUUCAGCUGUGGGACACGGCAGGACAGGAAAGGUUUCGGAGUUUGACAACUGCUUUCUUCAGGGAUGCGAUGGGUUUCCUGUUGCUGUUCGACCUUACGAAUGAGCAAAGUUUCCUUAACGUCAGAAACUGGAUGAGCCAGUUACAGAUCCAUGCAUACUGUGAAAAUCCAGACAUUGUUCUUUGUGGAAACAAGUGCGACCUGGGAGAUCAGAGGGCAGUCAGUGAAGACGAGGCCCGUGAGCUGGCAGAGAAGUAUGGAAUCCCUUACUUUGAGACGAGUGCAGCAAAUGGGCAGAACGUUGGCCAUGCCGUGGACGUCUUGCUGGACCUUAUCAUGAAGAGGAUGGAGCGGUGUGUGGACAAGUCCUGGAUCCCCGACGGGACUGUCCGAGCUAAUGGACCCACCAGCCCGCCCAUCUCAGAAGGCUCAGAUAGGAGCAAAUGCGCAUGUUAGGUUUCCCCAGCAAUGGGAAGCAGUUUUAGUUAUCCCUCUGUAAAAUACUGGUGUGCAAAAUAGGAAUGGAUUACAUUGGAUCAGGCAUCUAGGUUCAUGGUGACAUUGAUUUUUAACAAAGCUAGAGUGUAUAUUAUGUUUUAUGUUAGGUAAAACUAACAUUAAUGGCCAACCACUGCCCCACAAACCUGCACGCUAUUGAUAUAUAUUGAUACAUAUAUUAUACUGUUAUUUAUAUGUUCCUACUGUGCCAGAACAAAGUCAAGUGCCUUUUGAACACCGGCCUUUUCAUUUGAAUUCAUGUAGUGGGUCUUUUUAAUAAUGGAUUCAUUCAUACUGGC